AUGGCGCCCGUUCGUAAUGAGGUGCCGCCGCACCAGAUAGAUCGCACCCCUGAAUACGAGGAAUUCAUGUCGCGGCUGCGAGAUUAUCACAACAAACGAGGCACUACGCUUGACGCAGAACCCAAGGUCGGCGCGACACACCUCGACCUGUUCAAGGUAUUCAACCAUGUUGUGGAAAGCGGUGGUUACGAUAAGAUUUCAGAGGAGAAACUCGCGUGGCGUCGCAUGGCCUCUGAACUUGGCAUAUACUCUAACAACGAAGCCUCAACUGCCUUCUCAUUGAAGGAGAAGUUCUACAAGAACCUAGCGGCGUACGAGAUCAGCACGGUGCACGGAAAAGAACCUCCACCUAAGGAGAUCUUGGAGGAUGUGACGGCUAAGGGUGCCGCCUUGCUUUCACGUACUCGAGAGAACUUCCGCGGCAGCAAAAGAGAGAGCAAUGUGGGUGCUACAGACUCAGCGGCCUCGGGAGAUGAUGGUACACCCGUCCGUGAGCGACCUAUCCCAGAUGCUGCGGCCAGCGCGCGUGCGUCUAGAGGUCUACGCGAAGCACCUCCUCAGCGCGUAAUUUUCCAGCCGGAUACAGGACCUUCUCGGACGACUCGGCAUUCUUCUGCUCAUCAUGCGCCUAGUACCAACUCACCAGCCGCCAACCCUCCCUCAACUCCCUCGCAUCAUCCCAAUAUGCAUGUGACUCAGCAGCACCAACAGCAGAACUACCAGGGGAAUAGGGGCCCCUCAAUACUUCAUCAUCCACCCAACGCUGAAAACACAUCGAACCUAGUAACUGCAUACCAGCCGCGGUUUUCCAAACCUUUAGCGUUGCGUGCAGUUGCAACGCCUAGCAAUGCGCCCACCGAGUUCCAGAAACCACGACAGCUUCCUCGCCUGGAUCCCCGUCAACCGAUGCAACCAGGCACCGGUUUCGAUGGUCCCAACAUAUACAUGCGCUGUUUGAAUGCUCUGCGUUCGAAUAUUCCUGCCGAGCAGUCAUUUGCACUGAACCACUUGGUAAAGAUAUCGUUUGAGCGAGGUGAUAAGUACAAAUUGGAUUCAUUUCCAGGCCUUGCUGAAGGGCUGGUGGAUAAGGCCCUCGAGGUGGGACAGUUGUUCUACCAUGUCAAUUGGACUGUUUCCUGGAAUCUCCCAUUCGACUCCAGCGAUCUGAAUGUCCUUGAUGGAAACAAUGGAUCACCAGACAUCCUGGAACGAAUCGAAAAUCUCAUUGAGAAGGAUGUGCCUGAUGUUCUUCAAACUGAGGCGUAUGCAGACAACCUUGUUCUAAUCUCUGAAGCUGUCUUGACCAUGAGAAAUAUGGUCACUCUCCCGGAGAAUGCUCACCACAUGUCCGACUUUCCUCCCCUUAAGGACCUCAUCUGUAUCGUCCUCAGUCUUCCACAGAAAGACUCACUUGUGGAACUAAAACAUCUCACUCUGGACAUUGCCGAACAGUUAACGCCUUUCAUGAUUCUGGACUCAGUCGAUCCUUUCUACAGGGUUUUGUUAGCCCAGCUAUCAUCUGAUGACCGAGGCACUAUUCUGACGGCUCUCCGCGCACUGGGACGCAUCUCAAUGAAUCUUGAGGCCACAAACAAGUUGGGCAAUGUACCCGGACAAGUGCUUCAGCGACUUGCUAGCUGGUUAUUGCUCAACGAUGAUGAUCUUAUUGAUGCGUGCCUCGACUUCCUUUAUCAGUACACUGCUGUUGUGCCCAACGUGGACAAUUUGAUUCGUUCCCUUACACCAGAGAGCCUAGUCGAUCAUCUCGCUCGCCUACUCGCUCAUGGUGCCCGCAAAGCGCAGCGCGAUAUUGUUCUCGUUCCCGAACAGAGAAUGCCCGCUCGCGACCAAAUUGCCCCGAUGCCCGACGACCUUCUUCAGGAGAUGCUUAAGUUGGAAGAGCCUGAUCGUGUCCACCGUUGGGUUCGUUGCUUUUUCGAGGAGGACAACAACUCCUUUGUGACUCAGCUAGCCGCAUGGCAAGCUUAUCAAAAUGCCUUUGUUGCUCCUUUGAAAGCCACCGGGCAGACGCUUAUCACGCCCGCUGAUUUCAUUAGAAACAGUACUUCUGUGUACAGGGAUUCAAAUGCGCAGGUUCUUCGAGAGCCUGGCGACCCCCAACAAAAGUUCAUUAUACAUGGUAUCCGCGCAAGGCCAAAGCCUCUUGGCAUGGAUGGUAGAGAGUAUGGACGAUGUCUUUGGGCCUCGAAUCCCACUAACAAGCUUGAGAAAUGCGGCCACUUUUACAUCCAGCCUGAAAAGAUGUGGGAGCACAUCAUCGUAGACCAUCUUGUGGAGAAACGCAAUGAAGAGGGACAGUUCGAUAAUGUUGAGAAGGAGUUCACUUGUACUUGGGACCAGUGCUCUCGUCUUCACACACCUACCAAAAUGCAUCUUCAAGAUUUCGCACGGCACAUCAACACACACAUCUCCUUAGCACUACCUAGCGAAGCGCACAGUCAAAAACCAGAGCGGUCUUGGGUUGUCCCAGCCAAGACUAUGACCGUAACCUAUGAAGAGACAGCGACAGUGCGGGAUGAGAGGAACCCGAACCUGCCACCUCAAGCCGCUGGUAUCCCUCUCAGCGCUGCACUUGUGCUACGCAACAUUGCCCGCAAUGUGGUCAAGACAGAGGCCGAGGAGGAGAUGCUCAAAAAGCAGAAGAAACUCGAGGAGACGGGAGGUUGGAAUGAGACGCUCUUCCGCCCUCUCCUGCCACGUCUCUUCGAGAUUCUUGCGGAAAACCGAGCUUUGAGUCCUUACAUUGCAUCAUUGCUUGAUUUGAUUCGUGUUGACAAGGAGGAGCAGGACCGAUGA